AUGAUAAAGGAUCAGUUAAAGAUGUCUGACAAAUUAGCCGAAACUGUGUUAGCUGAGCGAAAAAUUCGUCAUAGAAUAAGUCGACGUAAUCAUGGUAAAACUUCCGAUGAGCGUCAUCAUCGUAAAGGUGUUGAUAAUCCAUCAUUUCAACAUGAUGAAUCUCAACAUGGAAUUGAACGUAUAACAUCACCAAAACGAAAUCGAAAAAUACGAUCAAGUGCAAGUCCAACAAAAAAACCUCGUAAUCCAAAACCUCGUACACAUAGUGAAAAUCGUCCUGUAAAUUCUCAUAUACGUUCACCACAACAACAAGAUACAUCAAUUUUAACAACAACACAAGCUGGAGCUUCAGCUAUUUAUCCAUCAUCAUCACGUCAUCAACGUCGUACACAUUAUAACAAAAAAUUACAAAAGAAAAAUUCUCUUGAUGCUAAUUUUCGUCGUCGUGUUGAAAAAUUAAAAGAAGCUACAAGUUCAACUGAACUUGAUAUGAAAUUACUUGAUAAAAAAAUGACAAAAGUUCUUUUCAAUAUGCAUGGUGUUCCAGUUGGACCAAAUGUUUUAUAA